AUGCCCCAACAUUGUCAACCUUGGCUAGCUGACGGCAAUGUCGUCGUUGCAUCUGCUGAUGACACCAAGGCGUUUCGCGUUCACCGAAGCGUUCUUUCGACCUAUUCCGAGGUUUUCAGCAACAUGUUUUCCGCUUCUCACGAAGGAGAAGGUGCCAUCGACGGCUGCCCUGUAGUUCACCUGCAGGAUCAAGCAGAUGAUAUCGAGCAUGUGCUACGUGCUCUCUACGGAAGAGGGUAUCAUCACCAGAGGGGUCAGGCGAUGCUGAUUCCAUUCGCUGUGGUGGAAGCGUUCCUGCGUCUCGGGAAGAAGUACCAGAUCAAGGAGCUCUACGAGGAAGCGCGGAUCUGCCUUCUAUGCGAUUUUCCUGACAACUUCGCGUCAUGGUGUUCUCGUUCUCGCUCGAUCUCUUUCCCAUCUCAAAAGGCGCUAUUCAUCAAAGUCGCGAACAUAGCACAAGAAGUCGGCUUACAGAGGGUGCUACCCGCAGCACUAUACGCAUGCAUGACGGAGUGCUCCCUAGCAGAGAUCUACAACGGGGUGCAAGAAGAAGGCGAGAUAGCAUCUCUCUCGUCUCACAACCGUGCCAUCUGUGUGGCUUCGUGGCAGUCAUUCCAAGCGCUAGCCUCCAAGACGUUCUCAUGGGCUUCUCCUAUGCCUUCACCGUCAAACUCGUACUGCCGUUCCAAAACAUUGUGCGCAGAUCGCAAACGAGUCGUUCUAUCUAACAAGUUCUACCCGGCCUUCGCCGCCCAGGCUCUGGAGAAUUUCGACCAUGACUGGAAUCAGGGCAUGUGCUCUCUGUGCGCCAGUAAUAACCUCAUCUUGCACAAUGAAGGAAGAGAAAAUGCGUGGAACAAGUUCCCAGCUCUGUUUAAUCUUGCAACGGUCUGGGAUGAUCUGAAGGAUGAUGGUGUGGUAGCACAGGCACCAGCCGCUUAGCGCGUUAGCGUAGAUAUAUAUUGUCGCUUGAAUCGAUGCAACAUUUUUGACGCAG